AAACGUCCGGAUACAGAAUGCCACUCAGAUCAUUCAGCAACGUCGUGACACGACUGGGGGAGGGGCAACAAAGAGGGACGGCAUCAUCCACAGGAUCGUUUCGGUCGAACGAAGCAUUAGUAUUGUUGUUUAGAAAGCUAGAAAAGCCAAGGUUGUAAGAUAACUGCCAAACAACCCUGUAACAUUAAGUAAUCUAUAGUAACUGGGAUACUAUAAAAAUGACAGAACUACGCCACCGUGGAACGACGGACAACGAUCUACAGCAUCAACAAUCCGAUGACAAGGGAUCUGAGAAUGAGGGGAAAGCAGAGAAGGAUGGGGCAUCUGACAGUGAGACCAAGCCAGAUACUGGGCUUCCUGAGGUGCCUGUCACGGCCGACGACACUCCCGAAGUCCUAAACAAAGCACUUUCUGGACUGUCCUCAAGGUGGAAGAACUGGUGGGUGCGAGGGAUCCUGACUCUGGCCAUGAUUAUCUUCUUCUUCAUUAUCAUCUACCUGGGCCCUAUGGUGCUCAUGAUGAUUGUGCUCUGUGUUCAGAUCAAAUGCUUCCAGGAGAUCAUCCACAUCGGCUACAGCGUGUACCAUUCCUACCACCUGCCCUGGUUCAGAACACUGAGCUGGUACUUCCUUCUGUGUGUGAACUACUUCUUCUACGGAGAGACGGUGACCGACUACUUCUCUAAUCUGGUGCAGAGGGAGGAGCCUCUACGCAUCCUGAGCAAAUACCAUCGUCUCAUCUCCUUCACCCUGUACCUCACUGGUUUCUGCAUGUUUGUGCUGAGCCUGGUGAAGAAACACUACCGCCUGCAGUUCUACAUGUUUGGCUGGACUCAUGUCACUCUGCUGAUCGUGGUGACCCAGUCUCACCUCAUCAUCCACAACCUGUUUGAGGGAAUGAUCUGGUUUAUUGUGCCCAUCUCCUGUGUUAUCUGCAAUGACAUCAUGGCCUAUAUGUUCGGCUUCUUCUUCGGUCGUACGCCACUCAUUAAGCUGUCUCCUAAGAAGACCUGGGAAGGCUUCAUCGGUGGAUUUUUCUCCACUGUUGUGUUUGGGAUCCUGUUGUCCUAUGUGAUGUCAGGCUACAGCUUCUUUGUGUGUCCGGUGGAGUUCAACAGUGACCACAACAGUUUUGAAGUGGACUGUGAGCCCUCUGACCUGUUCCAGCUGCAGGACUAUGCCCUGCCUGCUGCCCUCCAGUCCCUUACUGGAUGGCCCACAGUGCGACUCUACCCGUUCCAGAUCCACAGCAUUGCCCUGUCGGCCUUUGCCUCCAUUAUGGGACCGUUUGGGGGUUUCUUUGCCAGUGGCUUCAAGAGGGCCUUUAAGAUCAAGGACUUUGCCAACACCAUCCCCGGUCAUGGAGGAAUCAUGGACCGCUUCGACUGCCAGUACCUGAUGGCCACGUUUGUCAACGUGUACAUCGCCAGCUUCAUUAGGGGUCCAAACCCUGCCAAAGUGAUCCAGCAGCUCCUCGCCCUGCGCCUUGACCAGCAGCUUCACAUCUUCAACUCCCUCAAGACUCAUCUUACAGAGAGGGGUCUGCUGGAGGAAGCAGCCUAGGUCUCGUGGCCCCAGAGCCAGGUCACCCUACCGGGGAAACAGAGUUGGGCAGCCCCCUGGCACCAGGAAGCCCUGGAGGUGUGGCAGAAGAUGUGUAGCCCCGUUUUGUGAGCUCGAAGACGUGUGAGAAAAUUCCAUUCCCUGUGUGUGUCUGUAAGAUCGAAUGUGCGGGUAUACAGGAUGACAGAAAGUGUCGUGUGUCCUAAAAAUGAUUUUCCGUUGUCAGUGUUCCUGACCUGUCAGUGAGUUUCUGCAGCUGUUUCUGUUGCCAUGUCAGCCAUGGUAUCUGUUACACAGAAAUGUCACUUUAACUGUACAAUGAGGUGUACAUUUCCACUGGUCUACAUCGUAUUCAGUAGCUAGAAUGUGUGGGAAUAUUUUAUAUUGUAAUUUUUUUUUAUUUGUGUUUUCAUGCACUGCUCUGUAUAAUACUCCCACUGGGUCUCCCUCCCUCAUCCUCUGGGCCACAUUUGGUUUAAUUAGCUUAAUUCAUUGUAAUAGUUGUUUGUAUUUAUUAUUAUUAUUAUUAUUUUAUAAUAAUAUUAUUCAUAUUGGUGUUAUUGUUUUUUACAUUGGUGUCUUCCCUUAUAUGCCUGUAUUGUGUUGUCAAUGUGCCUUGUUACCCUGUAGAGAUUCAAUUUGCUAUUGGCACGUGUCCUGCUGCUCGUGUGUUUGCCACUGUUCGUCUUACCAUGCUUUAGUCCCAAAUGACACUUCCCUCGUGGACAAUAGACAGUAAUGCACUGUGUAGAAAUAUGGUGCCAUUGUAGACCCAGUGCUUCUCCCGCAGAUCAGUGUACGUGGAGUCAUGUGGGGGUAGAAUCAUUUGAGGAAGUGGAUUGUCUAAAUUUGGAGCAAAACACCACUAAAGAUUUCACAGGAUUAUAGAAUGUGUCAUUUGUCGGUAACAGAAUGGAGGUUCUAGGGUAAAACUGUUUGCUUGAAAUCAAUAGAAUACACAUUAUAAAAUGUCAAAAAAUGUAUAAUAUAAAAAGAAUGGUAUGAUUUUCACAAUAUAUUUGACACCAUUUAGGAGUUCAACUAAGUGUAAGGUAUUGGUAUAAAACUUUUCAGUGUUUAUCUGUGUUUUAUCCAUGGUCUUUUGGGUUGUUAAUUUGCCAGUCAAGUUCUGUUAUCAGUUUUCAGUUAUGAUCUCUAUAUCUGCUAUACAAGGCAGUAGUUGCCAAAAAUAUUGGCACCUAUGCACUUCCUUCAAAUAACUAUUUUUCUCCCAUAAAUGUGUGGGACUUGAUUCCACAUCUUUCCACAAUUCUUUACUUCACUGUAAAUAUUACAAAAUUGUGUUUUUGAUUCAGAUUAUUUUAUUAAAAUCCUUUUAAAUCAGAAAAUUUGCAUAAAUUGCUUUGACAACUUUAUUGAAGCCAGUAUUGAUAAAAAAAACAACAACUGCAAUCAAGUGCUUCCUAUAGCUAAAUGAUUGUUCAUUUAAAAUGUAAAGGGGAAUUAGCUGCUUGAAAUCAAAUUAUUUCUAACUAGUUCUAGAAGGUGCCAAUAAUAUUGUCUGGAACAUUUUAGGAUCUCUUUGUGAAAUAAGCUAAGAUUUAGUUAAUUAUCCAGAUUUGAGUUUUUUUCAACUGCAAACCAAAGAAAUACAUCUGAAUACCUAAAGAUUUUAGAAUUUCAACAGUUUUCUAGAUUAAUUUGUGCAUUGUUUCAUUAAAGUGCAAGGGUGCCAAUACUUUUGGCAAUGGUAUAUGCCAUUUUCUAUUUAAGGCUCCAGCCACCUUAUGACCACUUUUGAGGUUCACAUAUGAAUGAGUGAGAUGGGACACCAUUCAUUCAUGUUGUUUACAUUGUAAUCCAAUAAUGGUUAGAUGAUAACAAAUGGCAGCUGGGCUGCUCAGUUUCUUGUCCUGCUGGUAUAAUGUUUUUAAGCCCUGCUAAUAGGCAGAUGCCCAUUUGUUUUGACUGUUAUAAAGUGUUGCUUGGGAAGCACAAGGGCAGUGAGGUGAAGGGAUCAAGCAGUCUAUCCAAAGCUAGUAGUGGAGAUUAGGGAUCCCUCCAGACCAUACUACUACAACUGGAUAGACAGCAAACACUGGAGUGGGAUUGGGACCCAAAUACCACCCUAUUCCCCAGACAAGCAUGGCCCCUGGGCAGAAGUAUGGCAUUAUAAAGGUAAAAGGUUGUCAUCUGGGCCGUGACCAGGCUCUCAGUGCUUUUUGGUAUACGCCCCUUUCUGGUGGUGAACAGUCUGUAGUGAUACUGCUGUCCCAUCACAGGUUCGUCUAACGUGUGGCACUGGGAAUAGAUGCUUUUUCAAAGCUAUGUUUUGAUGCUCUUGGUAUAGGUAAUCUGUGUUGCCCUAGUGACACCAACAGACUUGGAUCACAUCAAACAUAAAAAGUCAAACCAUUCUCCUCUGUUAUGUUGUGUCAUCGUUUUCAUUUCUAAAGGCCUUUCUGAGUGUGUGGAAAUGCCAUUGUGUUAGGACAUCAGGGUCGAGGGUGUUAGUGCUUUCUGAUCUAGGAUCAGAUACCUCUUCAGAUUCUAGUGCAUACAUUACAUCGACAGGAAAGAGGUCGUCCUACAUCAGCCUCAAGCCCCAGAGGCUCAGCUAUCUAUAAGUAUGUUUAAUUAAAGAGAUGGGCCUGUGGCAGGCUGGGGCUGACCCACAUACAGAUGAUUUCAGCCUUCUGUGCCUGAUCACAUACCGCCCAACACUCACAUAAUAUUGCACAAACGGUCACCUCUUACUCUGCCCAAUCACAAACGCUACAGUACAGCCCAACACUGACUGACAUUGCAGUCGAUCACCUCCAUCAUCCAUUGAUCCGCUAAAUGUACAGUACCUCAGGAUUGGACACAAUGGAUUUCAAUAAUUCUCUGCCAUCCUUGGACCAAUACAUAAUUUCUGGAGGUUGUGAAGUCUUAUUUUACUGAUCCAAACCUCAUGCACCUGGAUCUUGUCAGUAAUGUUUUUUUUUUUAUCAUAGCUCACGCAUUUCUUGGAUGGCAGAAUACAAGGAAUGUACAAUAUCAGUGUAAGUGUAUCAAAGGAUGUGAAAUAUCAAUCCCUAGUUAUAGUUACUGGAGAACCUGUUAAUUAGCCAUCUAUGGUGCUAUGCAUCAGCCGUCCCAUCAACGUAUCUCCGUUGAUCUGAAAGGACAUAACAGAUGAAGAUAUUUGUACGGUCCAAAAACCACAUAGUUAAGUUCCUUGAAAUAUCUACUUCCAUAAACACAGUAGAUAGAGGCCUUGUCUUCCCCAUCGUGUCUUUACUCUGUUGAUAUGGAUACCGUCCGGUUAUUAAACUUACCUCUUUUGUUUAUAUUAUUAUACCAAUCCUAGGAAUUAUUAUUGCAUAAUCUAUAUUAUUUUGUUUUGUAAAUGACUGUAAACUUAUUUUUAAAGGAAUAUUCAAGCCCUGUUGCAGAGUCUUUGUUCAAGUGUGUGUGGUAUGUUUCCUCUAAUUGCUGUGGUAUCUGGUGCAUUAAAUAGUUCUGUAUUUCCAGAAAUUGGCUGUGUCUGUUCUACAAUGUGCUAUCUGUGUGCUGCGUUCAUGAGAUGGAACCCGUUGCGAUAUCACACGAGUAGUUGAGAGUGCCGUUGAUCAAUGUUAUGUCAGAAGCAAAGAAGAAAUAUUGGCUGUCAAUGAUUGUGUACAUUUUGUUUGGACUUGGUGACAUUGGUGAUACAAACAGUUUUGUGCCAGAUACGUGUCAGUAUUCGGGAUAGCAGCCACUAGAAGGAGCUAAAGGCUAAAAAACAUUUGUUUCUUAAGCCUCUGCCAGGAUUGCACAUCAAAUGAUUUCUUUCUAUAUCACUGCUGUUCAAUACAUUCUAACUCCUAACUGUUCACAGGGAUGUCAUAGAGAUCAUGACAACUCUAAAAUUAUUGAAUAUUUCCCACAACAAUAGGUUAGUCAUAUUUACCAGACAUAAUUCCUAAGGCCAGUGCCAGCUCUAGCCUUUUGGGGGACCUAAGCUUAAUUAGAUUUGGGGCCCUCUCUGAUUGGUUGAAGGCCCCCUAGUGGCUGUGGGCCAUAAGCGACUACUUAUAUUGCUUUUUCCUAUAACAGGCUUUGCCUGAGGCUUACAUCAUACAGUCCCAUUGGGCAAUUUCCUAUGACAGAAUUAUAUUUCAGUAUUUGUUGACCUAUGACUAGCUUUUCAAGCUAACCAGGUCAUGGGUUGCAUGGAGAUCUGUUUUCUUUCUUGCUCCUCCUGUGGGACUAGUGGCUUCUCUUGCUACAAUAAAUAUUGAUGUUUUAUGAUUUCUAUGUUUAUCAUGGUGUAUUGUGCAAUGAUUUGUGUUAAACUGUAUUUUAUUCAGGAGAUAUUGAUACUUUGUUUUCUAUGUUCAUUAGUGUAUAUUGUGCAAUGGUUUGUUUUAAAUUGUAUUUGAUUUCAGAUACCCUUUGAAGUUGUACAUUUUUGAUAAUGCUAGAAAAUAUGCUUUGCCUUUCAGUAAAUACCCUGUUCAUAUAUUAGACGACAUUAAAAUAAAAUAAUUAA